AUUGUCGAGCACAUAGCGACACAAACGCUACGGGGACCCACACGUAUUGUCGCUGCACGUGACGGGACAAUUGGGAUUGCGGCAGAGCCGGGAGCAACAGCCAACGGCAGUCCCGCCCAUUCUCACUCACUCACACUCGCCGUCCGCUCUGCCGUGUCCGUGUCCGCUCUCUCCUCCCUGCCUCCUCGUCAGUCGCUUGUUCUGUGUAUCCGCCUACUGCUGUUGAGCAGACUAGCCAUUAACUGUCCAUCCGUUCACCGGCACUAGUACCUGACACGCAGUUGCUCGUUGCUCACACCGUCACCCUUGCUGUGCUCUCCAUUCAUUCGUAUUCGUCAACAUGGGAUCUGCUCAGAGCCAUGUCGCUGAAGUCCUUGUUGCCACGCUUGCAGUAGCCGGAGCUGCUGUCGUGUACAGCUACAAGCCAUCCAGCUCCGAGGUACACCCUGACCCGGCACCUGUGCCUGCGUCCGCUGCCGUGAACAAGAAGAACAAGAAGAAGAAAGCGGGGGCAGAGCUUGUUCCGCCAGCAGAGAAGCCCGCCGCGAACCCUACCGUCAUGCAAUUCCCGCCGGUAGUGCCUGGCGGCUUCGAUGUAUCCUCCGCGCCUCACGAUACAGAGGCAACGCCCGACUCUGCGCCGAAGGCAGCCAAGUCGAAGAAGAAGAAAGGCAAGAAAACGGGCGCGUCUGGCGCGGGGGCGUCGCGUCCGGUCGACGCGAUGUCCGACUCCUCUGCGACCGCACCUGAAUCGUCCGCCGCGGCCCCCACGAGGCCCACUGCGAGGGCAAGGAAGGCGUCGACGCCAAAGCCUGCCUCUGUGGCGCCGCCGGUCGAUACGGAUGGCUCGUGGACUCGCGUUGAGCCCAAGCGGCCGAAGGACCCGCAGGAGACUGCUCCGUUAGAUGCAGGGACAAGCGAUGCUGGUGUCACCACGACGUCAGUCACCGGCAACUCGUCUCCUGUCGCUCCCGCUUCGGACGAGGAAGAUGCAGGCGGUUCCAAGGCCUCGACAUCGGACAAUCGACGCACACUUGCGGAGAGGAUGUUGCCGAAGCCACGGAAAACAGGGGUGGAUGACAUGUUGGAGACACCCGACUACCCAUCCGUCGCUCGGGUUAUGCGUAUUCAGCCUGGCCCCAACGACAAGCCCGCUGCUGGGUUCUCGUGGGCUGACUACGAGGACGUGGAUGACUCGCGCGGGACAGCUGAUGAUGCGGAUGGAGAGGACGACAGUGGUUGGGGAGUUGUGAAAAGCCGAGGUCGCUCCAAAACACACAAACCUGCUACCGCGCCUACCACGCCAGAAGCGGUGACGAAGAAGCAGCGACAAAACGCGGCGAAGCGCGAAAAUCAGAAGGCUGCAAAGGCAGAUGCGGAGGCGGAGCGACAAGCACGGCUGGCGCAGCACAAACGUGAGCUCGAGCGCGCGAAGAUUGCAGAGCAGUAUAGCAAGCCGAGCAGCAAGAAUGUGAGCGGAGGCAUGACAGCCUACGUGGACGAGAACGGCAAGCUAGUCUGGAAAUGACCAACCCGAAGUGAACACCUGCUACCCGCGGGUUCGCGAAUCCAUUCACAGGCUAUCUUGACGCCAGGCUCAUGAAAGGGACAUAUACCAGGAUGGUUCGCGUUUCCUAUACUGUACUUAU